AUGGCGGUAGCUCAGGUUCCCAGGAACUUUAAGCUCCUCGCCGAGCUGGAGAAGGGCGAGAAGGGCAUGGGCGCGGGUGCUUGCUCAUAUGGCCUCGAAGACCCCGAAGAUAUCUUCAUGACCCACUGGAGAGGUACCAUCUGGGGCCCUCCUCAUGGACACCACGAGAACCGCAUCUACGAACUUAAGAUGGAGUGCGGCCCAAACUACCCCAAGGAGCCACCCGUCAUCCACUUCGUCAGCCAGAUCAACCUGCCCGGUGUCAGCCCAACAGACGGCAAGGUCGACCCCAACGCCGUGGCUAUUCUCCGCGACUGGACCCGCAUUGCUACCGAGUUGGCCAAGAACCCAAGGCCCAAGGAAGACCCUUUGAGUUUGGAGGCUGCUCUUAUUGCGAUCAGGAAAUAUAUGGACGAACAUAAGAAGCUUCCCCAGCCCCCUGAGGGCUCCAAGUAUGCCGUCUACAAGUAG